AUGUCGGCGGAGAAGAUGGAAGUUGACGCGGACGGCGAGAACGGCAGGUCGUCCCCCACCGAUACGAAAAAGCAGUCCUCGUCAGAAGCACGCACAAUACAAAAUGCCGUGGCCGUACGCAGUAUCGAAGGCUGGAUUGUGAUCGCAACGAACAUUCACGAAGAAGCCAGCGAGGAAGACAUCACAGAUCUGUUCGCCGAGUAUGGAGAUAUCAAGAACCUACACCUCAACCUAGACCGGAGAACGGGCUAUGUGAAGGGCUACGUCCUCAUUGAGUAUCCCACACAAGUCGAGGCGCGCGCAGCCAUCAAAGCGCUCAACGACACCAAGUUUCUGGAUCAGACCAUUCAAGUCGAUUAUGCAUUCGUUCGACCGCCACCAAAGCAGGACAAGAGUCGAGGUGCUGGCGGGAGAAGAGGCGGUCGCGAUCGUAGUCGCAGCCGAAGCCGUAGUCGAGACCGAGGACGGGAUGACGACAAGGAAGGCGAUGAUAUGAAAGAUUGA